GUGAGUCAGAGUCGUAACUUUUGUCUCUUCCCACAAAGAUUUUGGAACCUUUUAGCUGCUUUUGGAUCUGUUUAAAAAAAAAAAAUUCAUGUAGACAAUUAUUAAUUUUUUUAAAUUCUUUAUAUACCAGUCAAUAUGGGGCUCACAUUUUGCGCAUCCUUGGAUUUGAUUGUUAUUUCUCAACUGGACUACCUUCAAAACAACAUUAGAUUAUAGACACUGAUGGUCAAACUGCGUGCUCAACGAAUUGCGAUGGAUUUUUCACGUCUGCACACGUAUACUCCUCCGCACUGUACUCCGGAUAACACUGGCUAUACUUAUUCACUCAGCUCGAGUUAUUCAUCCGCGGCCCUCAAUUUCGAGAAGGAGCACGAAAUCAAUCCUGUGUACGACUCACCCAGAAUGUCACGCCGGAGUUUAAGACUACACCCCACUACUGGUUUCUAUGGUGACAACAGCUUCACGGAAAUGACGCCGAAUCACAACUUGAGCUCUUACAAGCGUUCCAGCAGCAGCAAGUCGAGCGUCAGCAGGUCUGUUCAUAGCAGACGGCAGCAGCAGGAAUCAUCCAUGUACGAGUCUCAGAAUGUGACUCAAACUCCUCAGAAAGAUCAGAUGGCAUCAGACAUGAGCUUCAUCAGUUCAGUCAGUGAUGCGUCUCUGAUCUCCAGUCUGCUGGAUCAGUCCACACUCGGACAGAGCUCCGCUACGCACACUUUCUCAGCACGGAGGAGGAGAACUGACCAGAGCUCAGGGUUGGGGAAUGGAGACAUUAGUAAAAUAGAGACCCACACUAAUGUGGCGAAUGGCUUCAUCUGUAAGGACUGCUCCUUCAAUGCAGACAGGACGGAGACCGAAACGGCGUGUUCUUUAGCAUACUCUCCAUCCGGAUCCUCGGCAAUCCAUCAGACGUAUGCAGAUAUUGCUCUUACCACCUCUCAGAACAGAGUUGUUAAGACAGCUCAUGACAGUUACUGUGGCAGUAUGAAUGUGAGCAAUCUGGUGACCGCAGACAGUCAUCUCAAUCUCAAUGGAUCGCUCUGUGAUGACUGUAAAGGGAUGCAGAACAUGGAAAUGCACAAGGAACGCAUUUCCUUCACCCGCCACGUAUUCACAGUAUUGUGGGCCCUUAUUUCUUACACAGGUUACGGUCUGCUGCAAGUUUGCCGAAGUUUUGGUUCAGCUGCUGCAUUUAUGGCUCGGAAGCUGAAGUCCGUUCUGUGGUUGGCCUUUUUGUCUCCAGGUGAUGACCGUAAAGGGAAGCAGCACAUGGAAAUACACACAGCACACAAACACACUUCCUACAUCCGCCACGUAUUCACCGCACUGUGGACCCUUGUUUCUUACACAGGUUACGGUCUGCUGCGGGUUUGCCAAGGGUUUGGUUCAGCCGCUGCGUUUGUGACUCGGAAACUGAAGUCCCUUCUGUGGUUGGCCGUGUUGGCUCCAGGGAAAGCAGCAACCGGUGCCUUCUGGUGGCUGGGAACAGGAUGGUAUCAGCUGGUAGCUCUCAUGUCUCUACUCAAUGUCUUUCUCCUCACCAGGUGUUUGCCCAAACUACUGAAGCUACUUUUGUUUCUUCUACCCUUCCUUCUGCUGUUUGGAUUAUGGUACCUCGGUCCGAGCAUUCUGUCCUUACUUCCAUCUGUAAACAUCACAGAAGUGAAGACACGGGUCACCUCUAUGACAUCACUUCCUUCCUUGCCCUCUUUACCUACACUACCCUCAUUGACAUCAGAACAACUUGUCAAAGUGGAACACAUCCCACCUACAGCCAUCUCACAGCCUGCUUCAGAGUCGAUAUACAGCGAGCGUUUGGCUCUGCUGGAGGAGCGAAUGGUGAUGUUAUGGGAGAAUGUCCAGAAGGGGGAGCUGAAAGCAAAACAACAUCAUCAGGAGGCUUUGGGUUUGGUUCAAGCUCUUCAGGAGCAGAUGAAAACUCAAACAGACAGAGAAUCGCUCAGCCUAUGGGUUUCACACCUGCUCGAACCCAAAUUCACUGAGAUAAAGGGGGAGAUGGAGAGAGAGUGGUCCAGCAGGACAGAGACGGAGAAACGGCACGUUCAGCAUCAGACUGUUCUAGAAUCUCGACUAAAUGAGCUGGAACUCCUGCUGCAGAGCCUGAACUCUAGAACAGAGGAAAUCCGUCAUAAACCGCAGAUUCCUGCACCAGCCCAUGUCAGUGUUGGAGUGUCUCAAGAGAAGCAUGAUCUUUUGCUCUCUGAGGUUCAGAGGUUUGAAGCUGAGCUUGGGCGCAUCAGAGAAGAUCUACGAGGGCUAAUGGGAUGUCAAGGGAAAUGUGACCGUUUGGACACCAUACAUGAAACUGUGUCCGCACAGGUGAGGGAUGAACUGUACGCUCUGUUGUACGGUCGGAACAGGGGUGAAGCGGAGAUCCCUGAACCUCUGAUGCCAUGGCUGGCCUCUCAGUACACUCGCUCCUCUGACCUCACCGCAAUGCUCACAUCCCUGGAGCGAAGCAUUCUGGGAAACCUGUCCGUUCAGCAGCAGGGGCGCGAACAAUCCUAUGCUCAAACUGUCACGGAGACUGUUGCCCACACCACAGGGGCUGCUGGGAUGUCAGAGGAGCAAGUCCAGCUGAUUGUCCAGCGGGCUUUGAAGAUUUAUUCGGAGGAUCGCACCGGACAGGUGGACUAUGCUUUGGAGUCUGGAGGUGGAAGUAUUCUCAGCACACGCUGUUCUGAAACGUACGAAACAAAAACAGCACUAAUGAGCCUGUUUGGACUUCCACUCUGGUAUUUCUCACAGUCGCCACGAGUUGUCAUCCAGCCGGACAUGUACCCAGGCAACUGCUGGGCAUUUAAAGGCUCCCAAGGUUACCUGGUGAUCAGGCUCUCUUUGAGUGUGCUCCCUACUGCCUUCUGUCUGGAACAUAUUCCCAAAUCACUCUCUCCAUCCGGAAACAUCAGCAGUGCACCGCGUCGAUUCACUGUCCAUGGAUUGGAUGAUGAAUACCAGGAUGAAGGGAAACUUCUGGGUGACUACACCUAUGAAGAUAAUGGAGAAUCAUUGCAGAUGUUCCCAGUCAUGGAAAAGAAUGACAAGCCAUUUCAGAUCAUAGAGAUGAGAGUUCUGUCCAACUGGGGUCAUCCUGAAUACACCUGCCUGUACCGCUUCAGAGUUCACGGCAAACCACACACUCCGUAAUCGGGCCCCACUUUACAUUACUAUAAAUCCCUUUAUGUACAUAAGAGGAAAGGCUUGGACUAGGAUGCGGCACAGAGGAAACUGGACUUAUGAGCUACAUUUUUAAGACUUCAAUAGGAUUUGAUGGCUGAAACAGAGUUAGGAGGAGCACUAAAGCGGGAAAGAGCAUUGAAUUUACACUAAGGAUUUCCACUUAUUCCUUUCACACUUCCUUGCUCUUGCACUGAUUCUGCCCAUUUGGCUCCUGUCCUCAUUGGCUCUCAUCCGUAGAGGUUUCUGUGCCUUCAGACAGAACAUGCUUCACUUGUACGAUGUCUAUUUUUUGUUUUCUAAAUGUUCAGAUCCUCAAGCCACACUAAUGUAAGUCUCAAAGCGUGGCUUGAAUUGAGUUACGCUAAGACUUUCACUCUCGUCCACUGGUCUCUGAUACUUUAACUAGUCUAAGAUCACAGAAGGUGGUGACCAGCUGCAAGAUUGGACUGUUGUUGUUUUUAAACCUUUUAUAACCACUAAACGAGUGGAUCUCACAAAACCAUGGACGCAUGUCAUGUUUCACCCCCAAAAUGUGUUAUUUAAAGAAAAGUCCUGUUUUAGAUUUUUUGCAUUGUGAAAUUACUUUCAAGGCGUUUGCAUUACUGUAAUGUGACUGGAUUUAAAUUGUACAGUUUUAUACAUAGUUUUUGUUGUACUGCCUUUAAUUCAUACACUUUUUUUUUUUUUUUUUUUUAUUACUGUAAUUUUAUUUUAUUGGAAUACAGAUUAUUUUUUUUUCUAUGCAAAAUGUGCUUCAGUCACAGUGCAAACAAUCUAAACUGGUCUUAAAAAUAGGCUUAAUCAUUAUUAUUUUUCCACGCAUAGGAUGAUUUCCUAUCAUACUAUGCAUGGUGGGGUGGGGGUGAAAUGUGUCCUAGAUGUGAUUUUUGUCAGAUUCAUCCAAACUGGCACUUCACAUCUUUUUUUUGUACAUUAGAAAUAAACUCAUAACAGCCAUGCAUGGUAAGAGACACUAUUUUGAACAUUCAAAUUGUAUUUCGACAGAAGGUAUUGGAUUUCUAUGGACCGUUUGUGAGCACAUGCACUAAUUUGUGUAGAUUUUCAACAAAACUGGACACUAAACGCGUCGCUCGUUAGAAAACAUAUCACAGUGCAGUGUUGAUACUCUGCAGGAAUGUAACUUAUUGUAACUAGUCAUUUUGAAUCGACUUAUAUCAGUGUUGAUUUUGCAAAACGGGGUGCGCCCUUCGGUCAUUAUUAUUUUGUGUUUUGUUUAAAGUAGACGAUGCACUUGAUAAAGGAAGUGUAUGUUGCACAAGUCCUAUGGAAUUCAUUGGAAGGUUUUAAAGAGGCAGUGCUUCAUUUAUAGAGCUGCUUUGUCAAACUCAAAGACUCCGUUUGUAAAAUACUAUUUGUUCAUAACUAUUUAUUUGACAGAAAUUUAGUUAAGAAAUAGGACUUUGUGCGGUGUUUUUGUAAAAUGCUUUUCAGUGCAUAUCGGUCUGUUUAUAUGAUUUUAGUUUUCUUUUUUUUGUUUCGGUUAUAAAUGGCUACAGUACUAUGAAUUGUACCAGUAAAGAAUUAUAAUUGAGGUUAUUUGUAUGAUUUCUUAUUAAAGCUUCAGUUUAAAAACUCUGAAAUGCAGCUUUUGUAAAUGAGUGGUUAAAUUCUGUCCUCGUUUACUCUCUCUACUAUUCAAGCUCCGUCAUGCCAUAUAUAUAAUUACACAUUUACACUUGGGCUAUCAAAAGGUGAAUUUCACAUACAGUGGCAAGAAAACUGUGAACCGUUUGGAAUUUGCUGAUUUUCUGCAUUAAUUGCUCCUAAAAUGUGAUCUCAUCUUCAUCAUAGUAAAGUAUAGAAAAAGCAGAAUGUGCUGAAGCUAACACAAACGGUUAUAAUGUGUCUUUAUUGAACAUCCCAUUAAACCUUCACAGUGCUGUGGGAAAAGUAUUUGAACCUCUUGGCUAAAGACGUCAACAAAAAUGUCUACUUGGUGGCAGGAGUUGGCAAACCUGCUGUCCAAUUAAUAAAAUGAGAUUGGAGGUGUGGGUUAGAGCUACUUUGACUU